CUGUAUUUUCCACGUGAAAACACUGAAUACAUGCGCGAACUACAGGGACGGUAACCGACAGUUUGGCACCGGAAAAACAUGUUUGGGAAUAUUUUAUGGGAAACGUGUGGCGAGAGAGCCGCCUGCCCUCAGCUGCGCCGAGUCCGCGCCGCGGUUUAACGCUGAGGUGCCCCGCUCCGGCUGCACGGGACGCAAUCUGCAAGACGGGAAGAGUGGAUACGGAAGUUUGGAAACUUGUUGAAUACCAAGGGUUGGAUGGACAAAUUGACAAAAUUGUUCUCUUUUUGCCGCCGUUAAUGUUAUAUCUGAAACAUUUUAAGUUCAAUAUACGACUCGAGCACCGGGAUAUUAUGAGUAACCAAGCGUAAGGCAACUUUUGACUUCUCCGAUGUGCACUUCCAGAGGCUCGCGCUGCAUAUCACCAGCUAACGUUAGCCUCCAUAGCUUAAACAUUAGCCCUAGGAGAGGCCAAACUGAGCCAGUGGAAGGGGCUUCUGUUUUCUCCCCAUCACCUACGUGCCGGGUGGCAACUGUUGGACAGUGAGCAAGUGAGAGUCCCGGCUGCAACCUGGCACCCUGCCCUUAUGGGGCAGCAGCCGGGAAAGUUUGUCGGGGACCAGAGGAGACCCAGUCUACCUGCCUUCAUCAAGGGUGGGAAGAAGGAGUCAUCACGCCAUGGGGCCCAGCACUGUAAUGUCUUCGCCGUGCAUGAAGCUCUCCAGAGACCUGAUUUUGAGCCCCAGGGUCUGACAGAAGCAGCCCGCUGGAACUCCAAAGAGAACCUGUUAGCUGGACCCAGUGAGAAUGACCCAAAUCUAUUUGUUGCCCUGUAUGACUUUGUUGCCAGUGGGGACAACACUCUCAGCAUUACCAAAGGAGAGAAACUACGUGUGCUUGGGUAUAACCAUAAUGGUGAAUGGUGUGAGGCACAGACCAAGAAUGGUCAGGGUUGGGUGCCGUCGAACUAUAUCACUCCUGUCAACAGCCUGGAGAAGCACAGCUGGUACCAUGGACCUGUGUCACGCAAUGCUGCAGAGUACCUGCUCAGCUCGGGUAUCAAUGGAAGCUUCCUGGUCCGAGAGAGCGAGAGCAGCCCUGGUCAGAGGUCCAUUUCUCUGCGGUAUGAAGGGAGAGUUUACCACUACAGGAUUAACACUGCUUCUGAUGGCAAGCUGUAUGUAUCAUCUGAGAGCCGUUUUAAUACACUGGCAGAGCUGGUGCAUCACCACUCUACUGUGGCAGAUGGCCUUAUCACCACGCUGCACUAUCCAGCACCUAAGCGCAACAAGCCCACCAUCUAUGGAGUGUCACCCAACUAUGACAAGUGGGAGAUGGAGCGCACUGACAUCACCAUGAAGCACAAGCUAGGAGGGGGCCAGUAUGGAGAAGUGUACGAGGGUGUUUGGAAGAAGUACAGCCUUACUGUGGCUGUAAAGACACUUAAGGAGGAUACUAUGGAGGUUGAGGAGUUUCUUAAAGAGGCUGCUGUCAUGAAAGAGAUAAAACACCCCAACCUGGUACAGCUCCUGGGGGUGUGCACGCGGGAGCCGCCAUUCUACAUCAUCACAGAAUUCAUGACACAUGGCAACUUAUUAGACUACCUGAGAGAGUGCAACAGGGAGGAGGUCAAUGCUGUGGUGCUGCUCUACAUGGCCACACAGAUCUCCUCUGCCAUGGAGUACCUGGAGAGGAAGAACUUUAUCCACAGGGACCUGGCUGCUCGCAACUGUCUAGUAGGGGAAAACCAUCUGGUGAAGGUUGCUGACUUUGGCCUGAGCAGGUUGAUGACUGGAGACACCUACACAGCACAUGCAGGGGCCAAAUUUCCCAUCAAAUGGACUGCUCCAGAGAGUCUUGCCUACAACAAGUUCUCUAUCAAGUCUGAUGUGUGGGCAUUUGGUGUGCUGCUGUGGGAGAUUGCAACUUAUGGUAUGUCUCCUUACCCCGGCAUUGACCUGUCCCAGGUCUAUGAGCUGCUGGAGAAGGACUACCGUAUGGACCGGCCAGAAGGUUGCCCUGAGAAAGUCUAUGAACUGAUGAGGGCUUGUUGGAAGUGGAACCCUGGAGAGCGUCCAUCUUUUGCUGAGACCCACCAGGCCUUUGAGACCAUGUUCCAAGAGUCCAGCAUUUCAGAUGAGGUGGAGAAAGAGUUGGGGAAGAAGGGGAAGAAGGUGACACUGGGCUCCAUCCAGCAGGCUCCAGAGCUGCCCACCAAGACGAGAACUCUGCGCAGGAACAUGGAAAAUCGUGAUGGAGACUGCCCAGACUCAGUGGAGACAGAGGUGGCUGUGUCUUCUCCUAUGCUCCCCAGGAAAGAGCGCUCGCCCCCGGACAGCAACCUAAGUGAGGAUGAGCGCCUGCUACCAAAAGAUAAAGACAAGAGUAGAGGCUUCCUCAGCCUCAUCAAGAAAAAGAAAAAGAAUGCCCCAGCCCCACCCAAACGUAGUUCCUCUUUCAGAGAGAUUGAUGGUCACCAAGAACGAAGAGGCUUAACACCAGAUACCCGAGACACGGAUAGCUUCAACAAUGGUGUAUCCACAACCUUAAAUGACACCACACACACUAUUGACCCUUUAAAGUUCCUGGGUGCAAACAACAAUGGAGCAGGGGGCAUUACCAAUGGUGCACCUACAUACCCAGGGCCACUAUUCCCCAGAAAGAAGGGGGCCCCUGCAAUGCCUGGUCAGGGGGGUAAAACUGCUACCACACCACCUAGUGAGGAGGAGCUGGUGUCUAACUCCAAGCGUUUCCUGAGGUCCUCCUCUGCCUCAAGCAUGCCCCCUGGUUCAGAGGGCACUGAGUGGAAGUCUGUCACCCUGCCAAGGGACCCAGGCCACCGCCACUUUGACUCAGGCACCUUUGGAGGAAAGCCAGCACUACCACGUAAGAGAGCCAAUGAGCAGAAAGGGGAGAAUGUCCCCAGGAUGGGGACCCUAACGCCUCCACCACGUUUGCCCAAAAAGGCAGAGGAUACAUCAGAUGAGGUGUUUAAAGAUACUGAGCCCAGUCCUGGUUCAAGUCCCCAGGCAUUAACACCCAAGUUGGUCAGCAGACCAGGGGGGCAGGGACUGGAGAACUCCAAGACCAGUGCUCUUCAGGCUGAGCUUCUUAAGCCUAAUGUGUUUCCUGCUCUGGGGGCUGCAGGGGAUGAGUGCAGAGCUCGGAGAAAUAAACACACAAUAGACUCCUCCAUGGCCAGGGAGAGAGGAAAGUUUCAGAAGCCCAAGCCAGCCCCUCCUCCACCCCCACCCUCCAGUGCCAAAUCAGGCAAGAUCUCUCGUAGCCCUACUCUUGACCUCCCUUCCCCCUCAUCCACCACCUCAGACAUCAAAGCUAAGGGUUUACCCUCUCUCGCAGAGCCACACCACCCAACCUCCAACCCAAGUGACCAAGCUCGCACAUCCCUCAGUGAAGGCACCAAGAAGUUGCCUAUGGGCUCCAGUUCCAAACCUCAACCAGUAAAGACCUCUGCUUCCUCUAUAUCAUUGUCCACUUCCAUUUCAAACCCGAAUCAAAGUGCCUUCUCUUCAUCCCUCACCUCUCCUGGUGACCAGACCUCUCCCACUGCUUUCAUUCCCCUCAUGAACACCCGACGGUCCCUUCGGAAGACUGCACCCCGCCAGCCAGCCGAACGUACUCCCAACUCAGCCGUGACACGGGAGAUGGUUUUGGAGAGCACCGAGCUUCUACGUGUAGCCAUUGGCCGUAACUCGGAACAACUGGGAAGCCAUAGUGCUGUGCUGGAGGCUGGCAAGAACCUUUCAAAGUACUGCAUCAGCUACGUGGAGUCCAUCCAGCAGAUGAGGAACAAAUUUGCCUUUCGUGAGGCCAUCAACAAGCUUGAGAGCAGCCUGCGUGAGCUACAGAUCUGCCCUACUGCCACCGGGGGUGCUAGUGCACAGCAGGACUUCAGCAAGCUGCUCUCCUCUGUCAAAGAGAUCAGCGAUAUUGUUCAGAGGUAGCGCCACAGACUCAGAACCAACAAUGAGAUGAAACUUGAAAUGAUGCCAACUGUCUGCCACUACAGAUUUCUCUGGUAACCUUGAAUCUUAGCUGCAUUUUAAAUGUGGUCCAUACCAAACUCAUGCCAGAGAGCAGAGAAGAGUUUACUCAAAAGCUAGAACAGUGUGUAGAAUUCACACUUAUAAGUACUGGAGUACAUUUUGAAACACUCAAGCCUGUGGUGACUGUGCAAAAAAUCGAAUUACUCUUUGUCUAGACUGUAAAACUCAAUUUGUAAUUUUGAAAAGCCUUAACUAUGAACCUUAUGUCUUUUGGCCUUAACAAGGGGCCUGGGGUCAAUUAUGAGUCAACCUAAGUUUUCACCAAUCAUUUUUGGAGUGAUCAUGUCUUAUGUUUAUAAGUUUUUUUUUUUUAUCUAGAGUGACACUACUAGACAAAAACCAUCAUAUUUGUUUCCAUUACAUUCAUUGAGUUAAAUUUGGCAUUUCUGCCAGUGACAAUGUGCAAAAACAACCUUAAACCUCACAAUGUUUGAGGAUGUCUAUUAACAUUCAAACAUUUGAUGUCAUUGCUUGCAUUUUCGUCUGUAAGAAUUAGGGAGCAUCUGGAGUCCGCAUUGUGUAUUAACUUGUCACUAGCCAUCAUUUCCCUCUUGGCUUGAACAAUUUCUUUCUCUUCAUUAGUUACUUCAGCACUGCAGAUGGUGUGAAGUUGUGUGGCUGUCUCAGUAUUUAGUCAGAAUGAAUGCUUAUUGCUGUAUUUGCAAGCAUGUGCCAUAAAGCAGUGAAGGAAGCAAGUAAGCUAGGAGGAGUCAGCACCUAGGCAACACUUUUUUGCUUCUCAGUAAAACACUUCCUUAACACUAUCACUAGUGCCAUAAUUCACAAGACUUGUCACCUUGGAAGGUGUAGAGAUGUGACCUUGGUUUAGCUAAGUGGCUAGCGAUGGCUUUGUUAAUUUGUAUAAUGAAAUGUUUGAUCUCAUUACCAAACACCAUUGUCUCCAGUGUUUAACUGGGGAGGGACCAGGGUUUAGGACCCAGAACUCUGUGGAUUUGAAUGUCAUGAUAUUCUACCCUCAGACUGAGCGAUAACCACCAUACCAUUUUGAUUUAAUGUUUUAUACAGUUGCCACAAAAGCUGUCUGCUGCAGUUUGGUCUAAGUAGAUGCUGUUGAGUCCACGUAAAGAGAGCAGACUCAGACAGUGUUUCUCCUACCACUGAGGAGGCAGAAAGUUUGAGUGUCACAUGGUCUACAUGCUGUUUCAGAGGCCUUUCCACCCCAGCAAAAAAAUUAUCUUGGGGGAAACACUGGACUGAAAUGUAAUUAUGCGUUUAUGGAUACCUGUCACUUGCUGUCUUACAAGAGAUGACAUUAAAGUAAGAUGUUUGAAAAAAAAAAAAGGAAAAAAAAACCUCAUGAAUUUCCACUGUAACAUCAUCUGUUCCUUUGUGCUCUUCUCUGCAUCUUGUAUUUGGAAUGAUGUUUUCAGUAUUUGUGCUGUAAUCCACACCCAUGUGCCCUGUCUGACUGCGAUGCCUGAGGACACAAGUCAACAGCAAGCUGCCUUGACUUCAACAUGGUACUGUCAAUGUUGACUCAUUGUUUGGUCUUUUUAUCGCUGUUUUCCAAAUCAUACCACUACUUUUUUUUUUAUCCGAGCCUCCUCACCAAUUUUUUUUUCUUUUGACAAAUUUUGCUCUUUUUUUUUGUAAAUACAUAUUUUCUUUUGUUCCUCCCUCACACAGUACUUUUGUUCCUCCCUCUAGCC